GGUACCCAUUGGCAGUUCUGUACUUUGGAAACUAAGCAGGGUCAAGAAAAGUUUGAGUGGAUUGCUAAUUCAUGGUUUAUGUAUGUUUUUAGAACGACACAGUAACUAUCCGGACCAGGAAGUUCAUGACCAACCGACUACUUCAGCGCAAACAAAUGGUUAUUGAUGUCCUUCAUCCUGGAAAGGCAACAGUACCUAAGACAGAAAUUCGGGAAAAACUAGCCAAAAUGUACAAGACCACACCAGAUGUCAUAUUUGUAUUUGGAUUCAGAACCCAUUUUGGUGGUGGCAAGACAACUGGCUUUGGCAUGAUUUAUGAUUCCUUGGAUUAUGCAAAGAAAAAUGAACCCAAACAUAGACUUGCAAGACAUGGUCUGUAUGAGAAGAAAAAGACCUCAAGAAAACAGCGAAAAGAACGCAAGAACAGAAUGAAGAAAGUCAGGGGGACUGCGAAAGCCAAUGUUGGUGCUGGCAAAAAGAAGGUAACGUGUUUUGAGACGCUACAUGAUGUGUAGUAUCUUAACACCUCACUAGAGUAGCUUUGCCCACCCUUUGUCAGCUCACAGAUCAGCACAACACAGGGGCCACAUCGGUUCAGUGAUCCUAGUAGGCACCUUGCAAGCAAGCCCUGUCAGGAAAAAGUUUUCAUUUUUCUGCUAAUUGGUUUGGACUGUUAAAAGGGGAAGAUUAAACUUAUUUGCUUAAAACAGAUAACUGGUUUAAGAAGCAGUUGAAUCAAUGUGGCCCAUGUUUUCCUGGCAUGCUGGAGAGGCAGCUGAAAUCUCAGUUGAUUUCCUCUCCAGUUAGCCAAGACUUAAGUGAUUUUAAUGAUAAGCAGCUUUUUACCAGCUUUGCCAGCUAACUGUAAAUAAUAGUUGAAUUAAGGUGUUGGGUUGUUAAAUUAACAAAUAAUCAAGUGUUCUGUGAACUUUUUUUUUUUUUUUUUGCCUUU